AUGACCGCAGCAGCCGCCGUGCUGCCAGCGCUGCCGCAAAGUUGGGGGCCAGACCGGUUCCGUCAGCCUCAACAAGAUGGAAAUCUUGCACUAUCAGGCAAAUUGGUUCGCGCCUGGGACGACCGCGACCUCAACCUUCCUGUUGUCCAUCUCGACACUCCAGAACCCAUUACCGAACCCUUAGAUCUCUCCGACGGCUUGGGUUUCUCAUGGGCCGACGAAUGGCGGGGUGGUAAACGCAGCCUCGAUGAAGGAAACGGCAACCCUAAUCGCGACGCGCCGCGUAAGCGUGACCUCUUCGGUGGCAUUGACCCCGGCUUGCUGGAGGCCCAGGACCCAACACCGUCCAAAUCGGAGGGCGUUUCGGAAGACUUGAUCUUCCAAGACGCGCCGCAGCGUAAGCGUGAUGGGACACUACAAGAAGCUCUCGACGACAUCAUCCGUCCAGGCGAAGUCAACCCGCCGAAUCCCAAUGACAACCCUCUCCGCGGCACCACGAUCAGCAACCACAACGCGGCCACGGGCGGCACAACGCAAGAUACGAUUGUCGAUACGUGCCAGGGAUGCACGGAUAAGGACGGUCAUAUGAGUCCAAACGUGUUCAAGGCCGUGGAUCCGAAUGGGAUGGGCAACGGGAGGACCAUGGCCGAUCAGGGAGGGAGCGCGGUGGGCGGGAAAGAGUAG